AUGGUUCUUCCAAGCCACCCAAACCCGACAGCGCCCGUCAUCGCGCAUUUUGACCUGACCGGCAAGACAGCCAUCGUUACCGGCGGAACCCGAGGUAUCGGCCUGGAAGUUGCCCGCGGACUCGCUGAGGCCGGUGCCAAGGUCGCAAUCACAUACACGAGCACCGACCCCACAGAAGCCGAUGCCACGGCUGCCAAACUAUCUGCAUCAGGCAAUGGGGUGCUUGUAAAGGCGUACAAAUGCAACGUCCGCAACAGGGCGGAAGUGGAAUCCGUCAUUGAGACUGCGACAAAGGAAGUCGGAGGCGGCAAGCUCGACGUUGUCGUUGCCAAUGCCGGAAUCGCAGACCACAUCCCUGCCAUCGAAUAUCCAGAGGACAAGUUCCGUGAUAUGCUGGACGUCAAUUUCCACGGGGCUUUUUGGACUGCGCAAGCUGCUGCCAAGGUCUUCGAGAGGCAGUUGAAAGGUGGUAGUGACGGUCGAGGGAGCAUAAUCUUCACGGCUUCAGUUUCCGCCAUCUUGGUUAACGUCCCGCAGAAGCAGGCGGCGUAUAAUGCUAGUAAGGCGGCGGUGGUGCACUUGGCCAAGUCGUUGUCUGUCGAGUGGGUCGACUUUGCGAGAGUGAACUGCGUAUCGCCCGGUUUUAUUGCAACGGAUAUGCUUUCGGUGCAUCCCGAGGAGUGGAGGAAGAAGUGGUUCUCCAUGAUCCCGGGCGAUCGUCUCUGCGAGCCUGCUGAAUUGAAAGGAUCUUACGUGUAUUUGGCAAGUGGUGCGAGCAGUUACAUGACAGGCGCAAAUCUGGUUAUUGAUGGUGGUUACACGUUGCCAUAG